AUGAGCGACGCAUCUCCUGUCAAGCGUGCCGGCUCCACCGCCGACACUGAAGAGGACUUCUCGACGGUGCCCACCACCACCGCUCCGUCGGAGAGCGGCUUCGAGGACCUGAGCAUCUCUGAAACCGACUCCAACGUGCGAGUGGCUGCAAGCGAUACUUCCUCCACUCCCGCUGCCGCUUCCGAGGGCGUCAAUGCAGCGGUGCCAGCAGCGGCGCCGGCACGCCAAGCGGACGAGCCUGCUGCGCAUCCCACGCGCGCCGAUAGCACCUCGCUCACCUCGAGCACGUCCGGUCUGGUGCUCUUUGACCUCACCGACAAGCCUGGAGGCAAGGCGUGCUUCUCGCCCCACACCAUCAAGACCAUCCUCGACCUCAAGCUGCUCAACGUCGGCUACGAGCGUCAGCGCCUCACGUUUGUCCAGAUCCGCAACGAGCUCUCGGAGCGCAUCGCCGACAACGUCACCGUGCCUGCACUCGAGCUCAGCGACGGCUCGCACAUUGUCGACUCUUGGGCCAUUGCCGAAUAUCUCGAGCGUCGCCACCAGGAUGGGCAUCGUCUCUUUGGCAGCUCGGCCACCAAGCGCCUCGCUGCCAUGCUUAACCAGUUUGGCAAAACCGUGCUUGCGCCUCACAUCGGUCCGCUUGCCCAGCGUGGUGUGCACGCCAUGCUUGAUGCCGAGUCGGCCGACUACUUUGCCAACGUCAAGAUCGGCCAGCCGCGCUGGGCCAAGGUCUCGUCCAUGUCGCAGGCGGAUGUGCAGAACCACGUGCAGCAGGCCAUCGCAAAGCUCGAAGUGGUCAAUGCAAUGCUCACCUGCGAAGGCGGCACCGACUCGUCCAAUGGAGCUGUCUCGUACUCGACCCAUAGCGCAUCGACUCCACAGCCACGUUCGAGCAAAUCAGUGUGGUUUGCAGGCGGUCAGGAUCCGACGCAUGCCGACUUUGUCCUAUUUGGCUGGUACGUCUUUUCGCGCGCUGCGGGCGCCAAGAUCGCAAACGAGAUCUGGACCGCACACAAACCCAUCAAGCGCUGGCUCGACGCAAUGCUCGAAUGGUCCGGCGACCUCGCGGAUGAUUUUGUCUAG